UGUCGGGAGGCUGGCUGGCCGCUCGGCGCCUUCAGACAAAGCUCAGCUAACAUGCUAAGAGGCUAACGGCCAAUUAGCCAGCCCUGCGCUGAACACCAGCAAAUAUUGCAUUUAUUUCGGCUGUGAACUCCACCAACGGCUCCUUUCGGCGCCUAAAAUAUUAGCCAGCGUCCGCGCGCGGGCCCACAGGCGCACUAGCGCCGCCAACUAUGCUCGAAACAUCGCAGCGUUUGCGUGUGUUAGCCUAGCCUAGCCUAGCCUAGCACAGUUAGCUCGGCUAGCUCCUAUUUUGCAUCGGCUUGCCCGCCAUCUUUUCCCAGCCAGGUAAAUAGCGAGCCUCGCUUGCUCUGCAAACAUCUCCCCCUCGGACCUCCUUCUACGUGCGCCGACGUUUCGCCUGACGUUUCGGCGUCAAUAAAGAUGUCGUGCGCGCUUAAAGCUUCGCGGCGCGGUUUGUCGGUGGAAAUUGCAGACUUCCAGCCCGCGACUGUUCGCAGUUAGCUCGUGCUAAGUUAGCCGCAGCAGCAUGCAACUGUUGAUCCGACACAACCUUCCGCACAUCUGCACUCCGAUCUGCCUGUAAGGUUGUACAAUGGGAGUUAGUCUCCUGGAGGGACACACUGAGCUGAAGAAGCAACACAUUUGACAGCUGGAGUGAACGCACACUUUUCAACACACGCACACACACACACACACACACCCUCCGACCACAGAGGGACCUUUUUUUUUUUUUUUUUUUUUUUUUUUACCUUGCGGUCAGACGCUGCAUUCCUACUCUGCAUCAGUGUGUUGUCGUUGCCCACCAUGUCGGAUGCCCCUGAGGCUGCGCCCCCCAGUCCCCCUACCCUCACCAACCCGCCCCCUCCGGAGGUCACCAACCCCACCAAACCUGGCAGGAAGACCAAUCAGCUGCAGUACAUGCAGAAUGUGGUGGUGAAGACUCUGUGGAAGCAUCAGUUUGCAUGGCCCUUCUACCAGCCCGUGGACGCCAUCAAGCUGUGCUUGGCGGACUACCACAAAGUCAUCAAGAACCCCAUGGACAUGGGCACCAUCAAGAAACGGCUGGAGAACAAUUACUACUGGAGCGCCAGUGAGGCCAUGCAGGACUUCAACACCAUGUUCACCAACUGCUACAUCUACAACAAGCCCACGGACGACAUCGUCCUGAUGGCUCAGGCCCUGGAGAAGAUCUUCCUGCAGAAAGUGGCUCAGAUGCCUCAGGAGGAAGUGGCUCUGCUCCCACCUGCCCCUAAAGGCAAGAACAAGAACAAACAGCCUCCUGCUGCCACCACAGUGAGUCAGCAGGCGGAGUCUUCAGCGUCGCCUCCCGCAUCCUACCCAUCCCCCUCCCAGACGGCUGUCAUUUCGCCCACGCCCACAAAUGUCCAGUCUCCGCCUCCUGUGCCAGCUCCACAGCCGCCCGCAGCCAUGAUGCCCUCUGCACAGCCCGUCGUCAAGGUAUGCGAGAGCCCAGGUAUCCUGGGGUUUGGCCCCGCCCCCCGUUUAUCUUUGUGUCCCCAACAGAAGAAGGGGGUGAAAAGGAAAGCCGACACCACCACGCCCACCACGUCGGCCAUCUCCGCGGGUCGCGCGGACUCGCCCACCGCACAGGACAGCAAACCGGCCAAGUUGGCCUCGUCCCGCCGUGAGGCCGCCGCUCGUCCCGCCAAAGCCCGUCGCGAGACCAUCGAGGACGUAGCAGCCGGCGACAUCGGAAGCGCCGGCGCGGCGGCGGCGGUAAGGAAGAGCAGCAAGCUGGGCGAGCAGAUGAAGCACUGCGACGCCAUCCUGAAGGAGAUGCUGUCCAAAAAGCACGCCGCCUACGCCUGGCCCUUCUACAAGCCGGUGGACGCAAAGGCUCUGGAGCUGCACGACUACCACGACAUCAUCAAACACCCCAUGGACUUGAGCACCGUCAGGAAAAAGAUGGAUCAAAGCGAGUACAGCGACCCUCAGAGUUUUGCCACCGACGUCAGGUUAAUGUUCUCCAACUGCUACAAGUACAACCCCCCCGAUCACGAGGUGGUGGACAUGGCGCGCAAGCUGCAGGACGUCUUCGAGAUGCGUUUCGCUAAGAUCCCGGAUGAAGGCCUGGAGGCGUCGGUCCCGUCCACAACGCCAUUGGUUAGUAAAAGCACCGCCUCGUCCGACAGCAGCAACAACUCCUCCUCAGAUGAGUCGUCAGACUCGGAGGAGGAGCGCGCCACGCGAUUGGCUGAGCUACAGGAGCAGGUUGGUGCUGCCGGCCAAUCACAGCUGAAGGCUGUGCACGAGCAGCUGGCCGUCCUGUCGCAGGCGCCCGUCAGUAAGCCAAAGAAGAAGAAAGAGAAGAAGGACAAGGACAAGAAGAAGGACAAGGACAAAGGCAACAAGGCCAAGCUGGAGGAAGACAAGAAGCCCAAGGCUGCCGCACAGCAACCCAAAGCAGCCAAUCAGAAGAAGGCGCCGGCGCGCAAAGCCAACAGCACGGUGACGGCCACCAGGCAAACCAAGAAAGGCGCCAAGGCGGCAGCAGGCGCGUCCGCCAACGGAGACGACGGCGAAGAGUCGUCCCUGCCCAUGUCCUACGACGAGAAGCGCCAGUUGAGUCUGGACAUCAACCGGCUCCCCGGGGAGAAGCUGGGCCGCGUGGUCCACAUCAUCCAGUCCAGAGAACCUUCGCUGAGGGAUUCCAACCCCGACGAGAUCGAGAUCGACUUCGAAACCCUUAAACCGUCCACGCUGCGGGAGCUGGAGCGCUACGUCAAGUCCUGCCUGCAGAAGAAGCAGAGGAAGCUGAUGCAAAAGCAAGCUGGAGGCGGGGCUUCGGGAGGCGGGGCUAGUCGUUUGAGUGGCAGCUCCUCUUCCUCUUCUGAUGACAGCUCCUCAACGGGAACCUCCUCUUCCUCAGACACAGACUGAACACACACACAUUAUUUCAUGUAAACUUACACACAUCAUGAACACACACAUUCUGAACUUGGUAAAAAAACACAUAUUUAGAUCUAUAUAUAUAUCCACACACACACACACACACACACACACACACACACACACACACACACACACACACACAGACUGUAUGUACAUAGGCUGAGCUGUUUUUUAGCACCUAGUGUUGUUUUGGCUUGCUUUUUCCGGAGGAGGACGGGGUCGACGCUUCUUUCUUUGUCGUCUUGGAUCGCGCCCCCCCCCCACCCCACAAACCCCACGACCUCUGACAACAUUCCGGAAGCAUCUGAAGAGAAAGCGAGGUGAUCUCAGAUGGUUUGUCGCCAGCUCGCCAACAUUAUCGGUAGCAAAUACGCCAUUUAAGAAGAAAAAAAAUCAAUCAAACGCAGGAAGGGGUUGUGGUGCGUUCAGGGAUGCUCGGGAUAUCCAAGUGAUCCAAUCCAGAAAGCCCCGCCCCUUUCAACCGAACACUAAAAUUCCUUCCUGGACACUUUGGUCAUGUGCUGGACUUCCUUAAUCACUUCCUGUCUGGUGCCCCGUCUACUCAGCCCUCGUUUGCGUCGUCACGGCAGCCGGGUGUGGAAAAAAAAUAUUUUAAUGUUUUUAAUUUGUACUUUUUCAUAAGUGUAUUAUUUCUUACGCGUCAUUGCGUGGUGAUGACAUCAUAGCGGGAGACUUUCUCUUUUAUUUUGAAAACCUGUUACAUUUCACGCAAUCUUCAUCAAGCCCCGCCCCUCAGACUCUGAUGUCAUCAGCUGCCUUUUUAAACCGGACUCCACCCUCUGAUACGAUUGGCUGCUCGCGGGCAGCAGGCCACGCCUCCACCCGCCAAGGCGGGCUCUCUGGACGGACGUUUGUCAUUUUGCGAAUUCCCUCAGAAGAAAAAAAAUAACAAGCAUUGUGUGAGCGACAGACGGCGUUGCCACGGUAACCUUCCUGUUUGUUUUUAGUUGACGCUAAUAGUUAAUUUUUGUAUUUUAAUAAGAAAAAGGAAAAAAGUGAUUUUAUGUAUUUGCAUGCACUCCGGCCGUACGUCGUAUGUUUGAGCACUGUAUAGUAGCUGUAUAGUAGCUGUGCCAGCUUAGCACCAACGCGGGGCCACAAAAACCACAAUUUGGUGUAAUUACUCAUAUGGGAUCCUUAUUUUCUGACUUCCUUUUGUUUUCAUAAAUAAACACAUGACGUGA